AUGGUGACAAGAGCCGAAGUGAAUGAGCACGCCUCCAAAACUAGCUGCUGGGUUAUCAUCAAAGGUGUUGCAUAUGACCUGACCUCGUUCUUGGAUGUUCAUCCAGGUGGCUCUCGCAUCAUCCUCAAGUAUGCUGGAAAAGAUGCCACCGAGGCGUUUGAUCCCAUCCAUUCAGCCGAUACACUUGAAAAGCACCUUUCACCGGAAUUGAAUCUCGGCCCAGUGACUGAAUCGGAGGGGAAAGAGGUCGCUGAAAACAAGAAUCCUGCACCAAAGCCGGCGAUGGAGACACAAGGAACAAAAAAACUGGCGAGCCUAAAAUCUAUAAUCACCAUUCGAGAUUUCGAAUUGGCAGCUUCUCAAAUCUUAUCAGCAAGAUCCUUCGCCUUCUUCAAAGCCGGCGCUGACGACGAAUACACAGCACAAUGGAAUCGCACCAGCUGGCAAUCCAUUCGCUUUCGACCACGAGUUCUCAAACCCAUCCCGGAAGUGACCCUGACAACUACAGUCCUGGGCAACAAAUUCUCAUCUCCACUCUUCAUCUGUCCAGCCGGCGGUGCAAAGCUCGCCCACCCAACCGGUGAAGUAUCUCUAACAAAGGCAGCAGCAAAACACAAUGUCUUACACUGGGUGUGCAACAAUUCCGGAUGCACUAAACAAGAAAUUUCAGAUGCUCGUGCUGGCAACACCGAGCAGCAGAAGUUGUAUUGGCAAAUUUACGCUUUGAGCGAUUUGUCUACAACAGAAAAAGAGAUUAGGCAGGCUAUAAACUUGGGAUAUAAAGGGUUUGCAUUGACAGUUGAUGCAAUUCGUGCUGGGAAACGUGAGCGAGAUGUCCGAGUGGGUCUGCAAGAAGAGCCCAACGACGAAUACGAUGAUGAUGACGGUGAUGACAGCUUUGCCAGUGGCCCGACUGUCAAACGUUCACAUGUAUGGACCGAGUUCCACUGGCAGUCUGCAAUUAAAUGGCUCCGGAGUAUCACCGAUCUACCCAUAGCCAUCAAAGGCAUUCAAACAUGGGAAGACGCCACGCUAUGCAUGCACUACGGCGUCCAUCCCUGGCUCUCCAACCACGCCGGUAGACAACUUGAAGGUGCCCCUUCAGCUGCCGAAACCCUUAUCGCGAUCCGAACGAACUGCCCCAUGGUCUUUGAGGAAUGCGAGGUUAUUGUGGAUGGUGGUAUUACUCGUGGGACGGAUAUUGUGAAGGCUCUCGCUCUGGGAGCUAAAGCGGUCGGACUAGGCCGCAGCUUUCUGUAUUCUCUGGUUUUUGGUGAAAGGGGGGUGAGUAAGGCUAUUCGGAUUCUCAAUCAUGAGAUUGAGACUACGAUGGCACUCCUUGGAGUCACGAGUAUUGACCAGUUAAAUCCUUCCUAUCGAUACCCCGUCCACACCUCUAGCUUUCUGUCUGGUGUUGUGAAUUGA